AUGCCCACUUACGAGUAUUGUGGGAGACGUCAUUUUGGAGAGUGCAUGAAGAGGAUGGGGACUUGUAUUAGGUGUGGGUCUGAUGAUCAUUUCUUGAGGGAUUGUCCAGAGCCAGCUCCCACCGUCCAUACAUUAGUCCAGACUCCUACUUGUACUCAAAGUAUAGUUCAGACUUCAGCUGGGGUCGUAGUCAGUCGAGAGGAUCUGGUUACUACUCAUUCAAUUCCAUACUUUGCUUUAUUUGACCCUGGAUCUACUCGUUCCUAUGUAUCAUGUUCUGUAUCUGGGGGUCUUGAAGUCCCAGUUGGGAAUACCGGGAGUCAUGUGAUAGUUUUAAGCCCCAUAGGCCAGUCUAUUGACGUAGACCAAAUUUUUAGAGGGUUCCCUAUAGAGAUCCAUCGGGAGGUCUUUUUGACGGAUCUAAUGGAGUUGCUAUUAGAAGAGUUUGAAUUGAUUCUCGGUAUGGAUUGGCUCGACGAGCAUCAAGUUAAUCUCAACUAUGAGAUAAAGAGAGUUGUCCUGAAGACUAUUGAUAACAAAAGGAUAGUGAUGAUUGGGAAAUAUCACUUAGAAAUAAUUCAAAUCGUUAAAGAAUUUCCUAAUGUCUUUCUUGAGGAGUUGACAGGUUUGCAACCAGAUAGAGAAGUUGACUUUGAGAUUGAAGUCUAUUCCGACGACAUAUUGGUGUAUUCCCAGACAGAAGUAGAGCAUGGUGAAAAUUUGAGGAUUGUUCUGCAGACCAUGAGGGAGCAUAAAUUGUUUGUCAAUUUGAGAAAAUGUGAGUUCCGGCUCAGCGAGGUGAUAUUUCUAGGACAUAUCGUAUCUGUUAAGGGUAUUCUUAUGGAUCUAAGUAAAGUAGAGGCUAUUCUGAGUUGGAAGCAACCCAAGAAUGUCUUAGAUAUUUGUAGCUUCUUGGUUUUAACUGGUUAUUACCAUUGUUUUGUUGAGGGUUUCUCCAUCAUACCAGUUCCUUUGACGAAGUUAUUGAGGAAGGAUAUCCCACUUGUCUGGUCUGAAGCUCAAUAG